AGUCCUUCGAAAAACGAGAUGGCGUCCACCCAAGCGGCCAAGCGCAAGGCCGACGCGAUGCUCAUGAAGGCGACGACCGCCGACCGCGACAUGGACCGCCUCCACCAGCGCGAUGUCACGCUCUGCAAUGAGUUUGGCUGGACCAAGCUCACGACGACGGGCGCCUUCUGCACGAUCUGCUCGCGCAUCGUCGUCCCGCGCGGGUCGGGCUUCCGCGAGUACUUUUACCACGAAGAGACCGCAAUGCACAAGAAGAACGUCACGGCGACCAGCGACCUCUCGCGCGCGAUCGAGGACGAGCAUAGCACGUCGACGCGCCGCUCGAGCCGCCUCAAGGACAAGCCGCUCAUGCCGCCGAUGAUCGACAUGGACAGCAGCGCCGACGAAGCGGCUGCGCCCAAGACGCGCCGCAGCACCUCGGCGUCCACGACGACGACAACGACGACGGCGACCAUGGCCAAGGCCCACUCGAAGCCAGAGCUCAUGGUCUAUGAUGACAGCAGCGACGACAGCGACAGUGGCCCUGUAUCGGCGAAUACUGCCAAGGUGCUCCAGACGCCGCCGUUGGCCCCGCGCGCGACGACCAACGAGAGUCCGUCGCAGCUGCGCCUCUUGACGCUCAAGAAACAAGCGUCGUCCAGCGCGACCAAGGCGCUGAAGAAGACGCCGACCAAGAUGAUGUUCAAACCAACGCCCACAAAGUCGUUCAAGCCCACGCCCACAAAGUCGACCAAGCCGACCAAGUCGUCGUCGACGCAUGUCAACCACGUGGAAGAAGACGGGCGCCCGUCGUCGUCGAAGAAGGCGCUGCGUGACAAGAAAGUCGGCCCCAAGCAGCCCAGCACCAAGCUUGUCAAGCCACCAAAGGCCACGCCUGCCAGCGACGACAGCUCCGAGGCCGACGAACCCAUGAUGGAGCAAGAUCAUCACGUGAAUCAUGUCGAAGAAGACGUGCAGUCGGCGCCUGAAGAGGCACGCGCGCUCGCAACGAACGCCGGCCUCAAUAGCCCGGCGGCCACGGUCACGGCCAGCGAAGGCUACCCAGAGCCGGACGACGUCGCAGCGCCAUCGAGCCCCUCAGCGAUGACCAUUCCAUGCACAGAGCCACAACACACAGAAGACGAUGCAGAAGAAGUAAAUAGCACCAAGUCCAUCGCGCGCCCCAAGAAGAUCCGCAAGGUCCAUAACGGGCUUCGGUCGCCGCCGCUGACCAUGCUGCAGUACGACACGCCAGCGACGACGAGCGAAGACACGAGCGGCGACGACGAUGCGCUCGAGGUAGCGCCGAUGCCAUCGCCGACGCCGACCGAGAUGGCCAUGCCGCCGCCGCCGUCGGCGUGCCUCACGUGCAUGGCCCGCUGCGACGCCGACGAGUCGGUCCAGCGCGUGCUCUCGGCGCUGCACAAGCAGACGAGCGCGCUGCAGGAGCAGCUCGAUAGCAUUCGCAUGUUGCUGCAGUUGGCCAUGUCCCAGCACAACGUGUCGCAUCAUGUUUAAUACUAUGUCGUCGUCUCGUGCGUCCAUGUCCUGCAAGCUCUA